UUCCGAGCCAACAGUAACGUUGCCUGACGACACUAAACAGGUGAACAUAGCACAUGGAGGAGAGGUGACUAGUCAUGACAGCACCCAGGCAGAGGAGCAGGUGUCUGACAGUGAAGUCAAGGAGGGACAGAGACAGAGUGAGCAGGAGGAGAGUGUAGUUGAAACGGUCAGGAAGCUGGUGUUUGGAAAAUGGGAAGUGGGAACAGUACCCCAGUGACAGUGGAGAAAAAACCAGAACUCCUUGAAAAACCAUGGAGGAAUAUUGUGUGGGACCAUAGCACAAAAGUCAAUCUCAAGCAGUACCUGCAUGAUUACAAGCCCACUAUUGAUUCAGUGCCUCAGGUUCGGAUUCUUCUAAUUGGUCAGAUUACUGCUGGUAAAUCAAGCUUCUUCAACUCCAUCAACUCUGUUUUCCGUGGCAACAUUACAAGCCAAGCUGGAGCAGGAGAAAUGACAACCAGCUUGACUUUGAAGUAUCGCACUUACAAGGUGAAGGCAGGCCGAGGUGGACAGCCUCUGGCAUUCCUACUGUGUGACACCAUGGGACUAGAAAAAACAGCUAAUGGAGGGGUGAACCCUGACGAUAUUGAGAACAUCCUGAAGGGCUACAUACCGGAUGGGUACCAGUUCAACCCAUCGCAGCCAAAGACAACAGAGGAUCGUCAGCACUGCAGCACGCAGACACUUGCAGACAGGAUCCACUGUGUGGUGUAUGUGAUGGACAGCUCAUCACCUGGACUUCUGGACAAAGACAUGAAGACGAAAGUUGAUCAAAUCCGAAAGGAUUGUCGCUUGCAAGAUGUCCCUCUAGUAGUGCUACUGACCAAAGUGGAUAAAGCGUGCCCACAUGUGGAGAAGGACUUGAAGAAUGUGUACCGCAGCUACUAUAUAAGAGAUCUGAUCAAAAAAGCAAGUGGAUGUCUGGGCAUUGCGGAGUCGAAUGUGCUUCCGGUGCAGAAUUACUCCAGCGAGAAUGAGCUGAAUGACGCCUGUGACAUCCUGCUCCUCACCGCCAUGAAGCAGAUGCUCAACUUUGCUGAUAAUUACUUAGACAACUUUGAUUAGGACACUCAGUAGAGAGACACCAUGAAUUCAUGGUAAUUGGAGUCAGUGCCAACAGCUCAUUCUGGUGUCGAGAGCUGCCGCCCAGGUUUUUGUGUCCUGCAGUCUACAGAUAUAAUCAUACGCAUUAAUAAAAUGACUCCUGCGUGGGUCACUGUCUCUCUCAGCCUUAAUUAUGGUUUGGUUCCGUUUUCUAUGCCUAUAUUUCGCGUUUUCUUCAGUGUCUCUGCCAGUUUGAUUACUAGCCUGUAGGUUUGGAAAUGAUCAAAUAAACUGAAAUAAAAUGGUCUCAUAUUCAA